AAAAAGAUGAAGUUUAUUGCAACGGUGAUUUCAUUGUGACUGCCGGACCUUUUAGGAAUCGAAACAUUCAUAAUUGAUAACACAAUUAUAUCAGACAAAUUAUUACUGAUAUUGCAAGUUGUAUUCCAAUCAAGUUCUUAAAAUCUUAACUUUACAUACUCAAACAGAAGUAUUGGUAACACUGGCUCUGCUGAAUCUCUGGGUCACAGAGUUGUAAUUAGAAAAGGCAAUAAACGAAAUAGCGAUCUCGACGGCUAGCUGGGUAAAAAUCGUCCUGUUGUGUGAAAAAAUAUAAAUUUUAUUAUUGGAAACUAUUUGGUGGUGGCUGCUAAAGUUGAGAGUUCAAAAUGUCACACCAUUACGUAGUUACGGCCCAAAAGCCAACGGCGGUCGUUAGUUGCGUUACCGGCAAUUUUACAUCGCCUACUGACUUAAAUUUAAUCAUUGCUCGAAACAGCCAGCUAGAAAUUGAUUUAGUAACACCAGAAGGAUUGCGACCAUUAAAAGAAGUAAAUAUAAAUGGGCAGAUCUCGGUUAUGCGUCACUUUCGUCCACAGGAUAGUAAGAAGGAUCUACUGUUCAUACUCACCUUGCGUUACAACGUAAUGAUAUUGGAAUGCCGAAUGAUAGGCGACCAAAUUAGUGUCAUAACAAAAGCACAUGGUAAUGUGUCCGACCAAGUGAGCAUACCAACUGAAGGCGGUGUAAUCGCAGUUAUUGAUCCGAAAGCCCGUGUUAUCGGCAUGUGCCUUUACAUGGGUCUCUUCACCAUUAUACCUUUGGAUAAGGAAACCAGUGAAUUGAAAGCCACUAAUUUACGUAUGGACGAACUGAAUGUUUAUGAUGUAGAAUUUUUAUACGGUUGCAUAAAUCCAACGAUUAUUGUCAUUCAUAAAGAUGUGGAUGGCAGGCAUGUCAAGACACACGAGAUUAAUCUACGCGAUAAGGAGUUUAUGAAAAUUGCCUGGAAGCAAGACAAUGUGGAGACGGAGGCCACAAUGUUGAUACCAGUCCCAACACCUCUAGGUGGGGCGAUUGUAAUUGGGCGUGAAUCCAUUGUUUAUCAUGAUGGAAAUAGCUACCAUGCUGUGGCUCCAUCGACUUUUAAACAAAGCACCAUUAACUGUUAUGCUCGGGUAGAUAGCAAAGGUCAACGAUAUUUGCUGGGCAACAUGUAUGGUCAAUUGUUUAUGUUGUUUUUGGAGACCAUGGAUAAUGGUAAAGGAGGUGUAGCUGUCAAGGAAAUUAAAGUUGAAUUGUUAGGUGAAAUCUCUAUUCCUGAGUGCAUUACAUAUUUGGACAACGGAUUUCUUUUUAUUGGUUCAAAGCACGGCGACUCUCAGCUGGUUCGUUUGAGUACAACACCCAACGAAAAUGGUUCAUACGUUAUACCCAUGGAGAACUUUACUAGUUUGGCACCCAUACUCGAUUUAGGCGUGGUGGAUUUAGACCGGCAAGGGCAAGGACAAAUUAUAACAUGUUCAGGCAGCUUUAAAGAUGGUUCACUGCGUAUCAUACGCAUCGGUAUUGGAAUUCAAGAACAUGCGUGUAUUGAUUUGCCAGGAAUAAAAGGUAUGUGGUCAUUAAAAGUGGGCAUAGACGAAAGUAUCUAUGAAAAUACUUUGGUGCUGGCAUUCGUUGGUCAUACACGCAUUUUGACUCUAACUGGAGAGGAAGUUGAAGAAACGGAUAUACCAGGAUUUAUUAGUGAUCAACAGACUUUCCAUUGCGCAAAUGUGGAUUAUGAUCAAAUUAUACAAGUAACACCGCUUACUGUGCGUCUUGUGAAGAGCAGUACGAAAAGUUUAGUGGGAGAAUGGCAACCACCAGAUGGAAAACGUAUUGGUGUCGUGUCAUGUAAUUCAUCACAAAUUGUCAUCGCUUCGGCAUGUAAUGUUUAUUACAUUGAAAUUGAAAAUUGUUACUUAGCUGAAAAGUCCCAAAGAACAUUAGAAUAUGAAGUGGCUUGUUUGGAUAUUACCCCAUUAGAGGAGGGUAAAAGUAAAGCUGAUUUAAUUGCUGUUGGCUUAUGGACAGAUAUAUCCGUAGUAGUGUUAUCACUGCCUAAGCUCGAAACAAUGUACACCGAAAAAUUAUUUGGAGAAAUCAUACCACGAUCCAUUCUAAUGACUACAUUUGAAGGCAUACACUAUUUGCUCUGUGCUUUGGGAGAUGGCUCUAUGUUCUACUUCAUUCUGAAUAGAUUAGAUGGACGCUUAAGCGAGAAAAAGAAGGUUACGCUAGGUACACAACCAACCACAUUGCGAACAUUUAAGUCAUUUGCUACUACCAAUGUUUUUGCCUGUUCUGAUCGUCCAACUGUCAUCUAUUCAUCCAAUCAUAAAUUGGUAUUUUCAAAUGUUAACCUAAAGGAAGUUAAUCAUAUGUGCUCACUGAAUGCUCAAUCAUAUCCUGAUAGCUUGGCUUUGGCCACUAAGAAUUCGGUAAUUUUGGGCACGAUCGAUGAAAUACAAAAACUACAUAUUCGCACUGUGCCACUUGGUGAAGGUCCACGACGCAUUGCGUAUCAAGAGAGCUCACAGACAUUCGGUGUGGCAACUCUGCGUGUUGACGUACAAGGUCGGGGUGGUCCCAAGCCUACAAGACCAAGUGCUUCGACACAAGCGCAAAAUAUUACCUACGCUUCUAACAUUGUACCCAAACCGGGUGGUGGUAAUACUGGUACUACAAAUGCUGAAAUCGGCCAAGAAUUGGAUAUAAAUAAUUUAUUAAUAAUCGAUCAGAACACCUUUGAAGUCUUACAUGCGCAUCAAUUUAUGCCAUCAGAGAGCAUAAUUUCUUUGAUGUCUGCUACGCUUGGCGAUGAUCCCAAUACCUAUUAUGUGGUAUCUACAGCGCUCAUUUAUGCCGAUGAACCUGAGCCUAAAGUUGGUCGCAUCAUUAUAUUUCACUAUAAUGAAGGAAAACUAGCGCAAGUGGCCGAAACGAAAAUCGAUGGUUCAUGCCAUUCUCUGGUAGAGUUUAAUGGCAAAGUGUUGGCAGGCAUAAAUAGCUUUGUGCGUCUUUACGAAUGGACUAAUGAAAAGGAGUUGCGUAUGGAAUGUAAUAUUCAGAAUAACAUUUCUGUGCUGUAUUUAAAGGCAAAAGGCGAUUUUAUUUUGGUUGGCGAUUUGAUGCGUUCCAUGACUUUGCUGCAGCAUAAACAAAUGGAGGGGAUUUUCGUAGAAAUUUCACGCGAUUGUGAUCCAAAGUGGAUGCGCGCUGUAGAAAUAUUGGAUGAUGAUACAUUUUUGGGUUCAGAAACAUAUGGCAAUCUUUUUGUCUGUCAAAAAGAUAGUGCCGCCACAACUGAUGAAGAGCGUCAAUUGCUGCCUGAAGUUGCACGUUUCCAUUUAGGCGAUGUUGUAAAUGUAUUCCGACACGGUUCGUUGGUAAUGCAAAAUGUUGGCGAACGCACUACUCCCAAUCAAGGCUGUGUGCUUUAUGGUACCGUCAAUGGUGCUAUUGGUAUUGUCACACAAAUCCCACAAGAUUUUUAUGACUUCUUACAUAGCCUCGAGGAGCGUCUAACAAAUACCAUUAAAUCGGUGGGAAAGAUCGAUCAUUCAUAUUAUAGAAGUUACCAAACGACACAGAAGACGGAACCCUGUGAAAACUUCAUUGAUGGCGAUCUAAUUGAAAGUUUUCUAGAUUUAAGCCGUGAUAAAAUGAAGGAAACCGUUAUGGGUUUAGAGGUAACACUAAGCGGCGAAAAGAAGGAAGCUGAUAUUGAUGAUGUUAUUAAAAUUGUAGAGGACCUCACGAGAAUGCAUUGAAGUGCGCAUUUUAAUUUUAGUUUCAUUUUUCCUUUAUUUAAUUUCACUAUAUCUAUAUCGAUUCAACUAGGUUUUCGAUUAAAUGAUUGAUUAUUUGAUUUGUUUAAAAAAUGUGAAAGAGAAAAUAAAUAUUACUUGUACCCGGUCGUUAAUAUUUAGUACUAACUGAACGCUUUAAUUC